CUUUCUGUGUCAUAGUCUAAACACCUGUACGUAACACAUUAUUUAAAUCGUGAAGGUAAAGGAAUUAGGGAUAUAAAUGAGAAGUAAUGACGAGCAGUAACGAUCGCUCGAUUGUUGAAUUCAAUCGAUUAUCAAAUCACUAGUUUUGUUACAGCUGGCAAAUCGCGCCACAACCCAGGCUUGUACUGAUACGUCUCGUACUAUCAGUGCUUUAUAAAACUUAUAAACAAGCUGCUAUUAUCGAGCUGUAGAUAGAUUUCUGGCAAUGAAAUAAUAAUUAAUUGCCACACUAAGACUACGUUGUUCGUUAUAACCCCGUUGCUCAAAUAACAGCUGAAGAGUUUUAAGCCUGCUGCUUCUGACUGUUUCCAACGAAGCCUUACGUUAUCUGCGGUAAGAUCGAGGUCAUUGUUACCGCGAGAGAUAUAUAAGCGUGAAUCCUUCUUCCGCUAAUGGAGUAAUUGAGCCACUGGUUACAUUUCAUCUGCCUUUUGAAGAGACUGUAAAUGGGAGGCUCAAACAGCACACGGUCCAAUGGUGGUCAGAAAAACAGUUAUGACUUCAACCAAACCAAGCAGAAGAAAAGAAACAGAUUUUGGAAACAGAAUCACAGCCAACAAAAUUCUCCAAGAAGUAUCAGUCCUAAUCAAUACAUGUACACUAGACAAGAUAACCAGGUACCUUACCAAGACCAUGGACACUACAGUCAAGAUAGAGAAAUGUUUCAGGUAAACAGUGACCAGAAUAUUCUCCGUCAGGAAAAUACAAACAAUUAUUUUCCUGUUGAUACUUUAAUUGAUAAAGAAACCAAUAAUGAACCAACUUCUCGGUUCGAACAUAGUAUAUACAGCAGUAAUCAAAUGGGUGAAUUCAGCUAUCAGACAUAUCAAAGUUUUUUUGACCAUAUACCCAGAAGCCAUUCAGUGAAUAACAUUUAUAGUGGAGAACAGUUUAGAACUCCCAUAGCACGUUCGAAUUCAGAAAAUGGUGAUUUCAGUGGGAUUCAUUAUAAGCCUGUGGUGAGACGUCACUCGUUUAAUUAUGAUUAUGGAAGACCUCAGUUCGAUAAUCCUCUGUAUAGUUCUUUUAGUGAUUUGAACAACACACAAAAUGUUGAACAAGAUUACUUCAAAAAUAAUUCAAACUAUCCCAGUUACACUAACAAUUACGUUCCUGUAGGUAGUUUAAUUGAUAUAGAAACUUAUAACAAACCAACUUCUCGGUUUGACAAUAGUAGAUACAACAGUGAACAAAUGAAUGAAUACAACUAUCAAAAUUAUCAACAUACUUUUGACCAUAUACCUAGAAGCCAUUCAAUGAAUAACGUUUAUAGUGAGGAAAAGUUUAAAACCUUCAUAACACGACCAAAUUCAGCAAAUGGUAAUUUCAGUGGGAUUCGAUAUAUGAGGAAUGUGGUGAGACGACACUCGUUGAAUGAUGAUUAUAGAAGACUUCAGUUUGGUAAUUAUCACAUGAGAUCUACUUCGAUUGGUGAGGUGAACACAACACAGAAUGUUGGACUAGAUUAUUUCAGAAGAAAUUCAAAUUAUUCCAGUAAGAGUGAAUCACAAUUUCAAAAUUUUCAGCCAAGAUGUAGUUUUGCAAAUGAGGCUUACAUUAAAACAUAUCAAAGUGGUAUUAAACGUAACUCGUGGGAUGAAGAUGACGUAUAUGGAGGAUCAGGAGAAAGUUCAGGAAACUAUCCCAGUGAAGCUGAUGACUUGACUUCUGCUGGACCUCGAGUUAAACGCAGAUCAUGGGAUUUCCAAGAGAGUGAUCACUAUUUGACUGGAAGAGAUGAUGGAGAAUAUAGGUACUCUACAGAUAUAACAAAUGAUACUGUUGAAAGUGAACUGUCUCAAGGUUCAAAUGAAGAGUUCGACAUUCUUGACAUCCUGUCAUUUCCUGCAGAAUGGUCCUCCUGCUCACUAGGGAAAACAGGAUUUGUGGACGUUCAGUCUUCAUCUGCAGAAGGCAGGUCUAUUCAAAAGUACUUUCACAGAACAUCACAGUCCAAAGAGUUUUAUCUCACCAUUGAAAAUGUAACUAGGAUUGAAAAUCCAUUUUUACACUCCCUAUAUUUAUUGAAGAAAGAAGAGAUGAUAUCCAGAAAUGGUAAUGUUGAUGAGCUAUUUUUAUAUCAUGGCACCAAAUAUGAACAUUUGGAUAAUAUUUGUGAAGACAAUUUGAACUGGAGAUUGUUCAGUGAGAAACACAAAUUCGGCCAGGGUGUUUCUUUUUCUCCUUUAGCAACUUAUUCCAGUCACUAUUGUGACAAUAGUGCAAUCAAGGUAAUGUUAUUGUUUAAAGUGUUGGUCUCUAAUGUAGUGAUAGGAACAGAAGACAUGACUAUUCCACCGAAUGAUGGAGUUACUUUUGAUACGAGUAUUAAAGAAGAUGCUUCUGUCAUUGUUAAAUAUUCUGACAAUGAAUUUUAUCCACUUUAUAAAAUUACAUUUAUGAAACGUUUAAAUAAACCAAGGAAAUCAUAAUGAUAACAGAUUUUGUAUGUACAAAAAUGACCCAAAAGAUCUCUAUAAAUAUUAACCAUGAAAGUAAUAUAUUUUAUUCAUCAACAAAAAUUGUAUAUGUCCAUGAACGUAAUGACCUUGUUUGUAGAACUCAAAUAAAUUACUUCAACAGUAA